UCCCUCGUCACAGGAUGUUUACACCUGGAAACGCUCGCAAACGCGAAACGCGUACGACAUAUGCGUGACGGCGCGCCGAUGAUUGUCGCGAGGACAUUCUAAAAUGACAAAUUACAUGGUGACCGCGACGACGUGUGAACGACUCUGACGACUCGGUGAACGUGGAAACGAGGUUUCGGACGGCGCGACAACACCGAUCGUCACCGCUAUCGUCGUCAUGCACGUCGACCUCGUUACGCCUGCCGUUUAACCGAACAACAACGCAAUUGUCUCCGCGUUUUCUAUGUCACCUCGGCAAACGUCUGAAUAAAUUAUGAGCGUGGACAGCGAAAACAAGUCGAACGAGGCGGCGAUGGCGCCGUACGCCUCGUCGACGGAGCCGGAAAACGGCGCCGAUGGAUGUGUCGAGGGUGCCCCCGUGACUCCAGAAAUGGUGCUCCGAUUACCUACUAUUACAGAUAAGUAUCUCUGCUCACCGGAAGCCAAUGUCUAUGAUAUAGACUUUACCAGAUUCCAGAUUAGAGAUCUCGAGACUGGUGCUGUGUUGUUUGAGAUUACAAAGCCUCCUGCUAGUGAGUGUGACGCCCAUCAAGACCCAGAGCCAGAAUGCGAAGAGCUUGGAUCGGAGGACGCAAACACAGGACGCUUUGUGCGUUAUCAGUUCACGCCGCAGUUUCUCAAACUGAAAACUGUCGGGGCAACGGUCGAGUUUCUCGUAGGGCCUAAGCCGGUCAAUAACUUCCGGAUGAUAGAGCGGCACUUUUUCCGAGACAGGCUGCUGAAGACCUUCGACUUUCAAUUUGGAUUUUGUAUACCGAACAGCAAGAAUACAUGCGAGCACAUCUACGAGUUCCCGACAUUGCCUGCGGAUCUGGUUUCCGAAAUGAUCGCGAAUCCGUUCGAAACACGAUCCGACUCGUUUUAUUUCGUCGACAAUCAGCUUGUGAUGCACAAUAAGGCCGACUACGCAUACAACGGUGGACACACGCACGAUGUAUUGUAGUGUGCGGUUUGUUGAUUAGUACUAUUGCAAAUUAUAUAUAUAUAUAUACUGGAUUAUAGUAUCGCAGUUACACAUGUUACAGCGUUACGACGACGACGUACGAGCUGCACGCGUUUGCCUGGCGUUUGAUAUUUCGUCUUUCGGCACGAGAACGAGCUUAAAAAUUUUCGAAUCUGUCACCGAACACGCGAACAUAUUGUUGCUACGGGAACGCUUUCUAUACAAGCUUUUCGUUUGAUUCGUCGACAGGGGAGAUUGAUCGUUGAAUAGUUCCUAUUUUUUUUUGUUUUCUUUAACGACGCACUAUUUAUUUGUAAGUUGUUACUAAGACACAAUAAUCGUUGUACUUAACUUUAGAUGACACUUUAUUAGCGUUCACUCUUGUGUGAUACGUUCAUCCGCGGACGAGCAUUGCCGUUCGAGUACGCGCAGCGCACCCGACACAUGGCCUUUAAGUGGAACUACAUUGGUGGUUCUGUAAACUCUGUUCUUUCUCUCUCUCUCUCUCUCUCUCUCUAAUCUUUAAAGUACAGCCUACACCGAGUUUCCACGGCGAUACACGGAGAACGAAAACUGCUGAGAGAGAACGAGCGACAGAUGAGACCUGUGUUCUUCGAGACUCGCAGUGGUGCUUUUCGCACCGCGACAAGUCGCGAUUUCUUUCUACCGGAGAUACACGACUACGAGGACGUGGUUGUUUCGAUACUUUUCACACCUUGUUCUUGUAAUUAUUGUGAAGUUCUCACCCGAAAUACAUGUAUAUAUAUAUAUA